AUGAAAGUCACUGGAAUUGUCUGUGUCCAGGAGUGCUAUGGAGCAGUUUUCAACAUGGAGGAGAAAUUGUUGCAUGUGUCUGGUAACAGAAGACAGUAUUUCACUGACAGAAAACUUGUCGUGAGUGGAGUAGCAACACUCUGGCACCAAACCUCUGACUCCCAAGAGAAGGGAAAUGGUGCAAAAAGUAUGAGAGCAGUGGUGACAGGAGGUGGAGGCUACUUUGGAUACAAACUAGGAUGUGCUCUUGCCAAUGCAGGAGCUUCAGUUGUUCUGUAUGACAUACACAAGCCUAUCUGGGAAAUUCCUAAUGGAAUAGUAUGUAUCCAGGCAGAUGUCAGGGAUUAUGAUGCCAUAUUUGCAGCCUGUGAAGGGGCUGAUUGUGUGUUUCAUGUAGCUUCAUAUGGAAUGUCAGGAAGAGAGCAAUUGCACAGAGAAGAGAUUGAAACUGUAAACAUUAAUGGAACAAGAUUUAUUAUUGAUGCCUGCAAACAAAGGAACAUUGCUAGACUGAUCUACACCAGUACAGUAAACGUGGUGUUUGGAGGGCUUCCUAUUGAGGAUGGUGAUGAGGAAACUGUGCCAUAUUUUCCAAUCGAAAAGCAUGUUGACCAUUAUUCCAGAACCAAAUCAAUUGCAGAACAAAUGGUACUAGCAGCUAAUGGAACUCCACUAGCAGGAGGUGGAAUACUCCAUACAUGUGUUCUUCGCCCACCAGGAAUCUAUGGACCAGAAGAGCAAAGACACUUGCCAAGGCUAGCAAAGAAUAUUGAGAGAGGGCUACUUAGCUUCAAGUUUGGGGAUCCUUCUGCUAAAAUGAAUUGGGUGCAUGCAGAGAAUCUUGUACAAGCUCAGAUUCUAGCUGCUGAAGCUCUGACCCCUGAGAAGAACUACAUAGCUAGUGGCCAGGUGUAUUUCAUUAAUGAUGGUGAAAAAUUCAACCUCUUUGAAUGGUUAACUCCACUUUUUGAAAGAUUAGGUUGCAGUAAACCAUGGAUACGUAUUCCUACUUCCUUAGUUUAUGCAUCAGCCAUGAUAAUGGAAUACCUUCAUCUGAUGCUGAAGCCAUUUGUUGAGCUGUCCCCACUGCUGACCAGAAAUGAGGUACAGAACAUUUCUACAACUCACACAUUUCGAAUAGACAAGGCACGGACUCAGCUGGGCUACAGCCCAGAGAAGUUUGCAUUUGCCGAUUCCGUGGACCAUUACAUAAAAACCAGACCAGAAACCCAGAAUCAUCACAUCUUCCUCAAAGUUCUGCUUUCUUUAAUUAUUAGUUUAAGUUUGAUCUUCCUUUCUUUAAGAUUUGAUGGUCUUUCAGUUUUGCAUUUUUUUAAAGAAACACAACACUGA